GACUGGGGCCGGGCAGAGGGCUGCAAGCACAGUCACCACCAUGGACAGCAGAGCAGUUUCUGGCCCUGAGUAGUUGAUCACCACAGCUGGGCCAGCCAGUGCUGGAUGUCACCGGAACAAGAUCACGGCCAUCCCCAGGCCCAGCUCUUGCUCCUUCCUGGUGGCCGUGGUUCCUGCUGGCUGCUCCCUAAGCUCAGGGGCGGUCACGAGCCCCAGGGGUCCACUGCUCCUACCCCAUCCAAAGGUCAGAACCACUGUGAAGCCCUGGGAUAAAAAUUAAACGCGGGCCUGCCCCUGCGUUGCACAGCUGCAAAGGCGCCUGAGGUGAGGGCCGCAGCAGCCCAGGCCGUGCCCACACCCACCGGGGCGGCAAGGCCUCCGCAGCGGCGCUCGGCUCUGGGCCUGCCUCCUGCGUACCCCGGUCCUGGGCUGCCAGCCUCAGCAUUAGGGAUGCAGGGGCGCAGGGAUGCCUCCAGAGGCCUCCCCAGACCAAGGAACCGGGGCAGCAGCCCCGCGGCUCCGCCCCGGCCCCAUCAGGAGGGAGACUGAGAGCGCCAGGCUGGGGAGGGGGCUGAGCCGUGGGGUCCACAGCCCUCCCCACACCCGUGAAGCCCGGGCCGCCGCCUGCUGGGCCUAGAGGCCGAAGCCCCUCCACCCAGCUCCCCCGGAGCGCGGCGCGCAAGGGCCCCUUCGCUGCGCACGGCGGCUGGCGCACCCGCUCCAGCCCCGCCGGGCGCUGCGCUCUCCGCGGCCGCCAGGACGCAGCGCUACCCGGCGGGUCAGUCUCAGACCUGCUGCCCCUGCUCUCCACCUGCUAACCGAAGCCAGAACACACAGGGCAUCCCUCCCACCAGCAGACCCCAGCCCCUGGAGUCCCCACAGCCGAGCCUCUGUGCCACCCCCAGGUUGGCCGGGGGGCCUGGUGUGGCAGGGAUGGCUGAAUCCCGGGAGCCCCAGAAGCAGGGGGAGGCGCUGGUACUGGUCCGACGGCAGCCCCCGGUGCCCCAGGGACUGUUGGAAACACUGAAGAUCCGGCUAACACAGAGCUGUGCCUGCAGUGUGCCACGUGCCCGGGCGCUGGUGCAGGACCUGGUCCCGGCCUCACGCUGGCUGCGCCAAUACCGUCCGAGGGAGCACCUGGCAGGUGACAUCAUGUCUGGGCUGGUCAUCGGCAUCAUCCUGGUGCCACAAGCCAUUGCUUACUCACUGCUGGCUGGGCUGCAGCCCAUUUACAGUCUCUAUACCUCCUUCUUUGCCAACCUCAUCUACUUCCUCAUGGGUACCUCACACCACGUCUCUGUGGGCAUCUUCAGCCUUCUGUGCCUCAUGGUGGGGCAGGUGGUGGACCGUGAGCUGCAGCUGGCUGGCUUUGACCCCUCUCAGGAUGAUGCGGGGCCCAGGGACAAUGGCAGUGCCUUCAACAGCUCACCGGUCGUGCUGGAGUUCCAGCUGCAGAACUGUGGACGGGACUGCCAUGCCAUCCGCAUUGCCACUGCCCUCACGCUGGUGACUGGGAUCUACCAGGUCCUCAUGAGCGUCCUUCGGCUCGGCUUUGUGUCCACCUACCUCUCACAACCACUGCUCGAUGGCUUUGCUAUGGGGGCCUCGGUGACCAUCUUGACCUCGCAGCUGAGGCACAUGCUGGGUGUGCGGAUCCCCCGGCACCAGGGCCCGGGCAUGGUGGUCAGCACGUGGCUGAGCCUGCUGCGCAACGUGGGGCAGGCCAACUUGUGUGAUGUGCUCACCAGCAUCGUGUGCCUGGUAGUGCUGCUGGCAGCUAAGGAGCUUUCAGACCGCUGCCGGCACCGCCUGAGGGUGCCGCUGCCCACAGAGCUGCUGGUUAUCGUGGUGGCCACGCUCGUCUCCCACUUUGGGCAGUUCCAUGCACACUUUGGCUCCAGUGUGGCCGGGAACAUCCCCACCGGCUUUGUGGCCCCCCAGGUGCCAGAUCCCAGGCUGAUGUGGCGUGUAGCACUGGAUGCCGUGUCCCUGGCCCUCGUGGGCUCGGCUUUUUCCAUCUCACUGGCAGAGAUGUUUGCCCGCAGCCACGGAUACUCUGUCCGUGCCAACCAGGAGCUGCUGGCUGUAGGCUGCUGCAAUGUGCUGCCUGCCUUCUUCCACUCCUAUGCCACUAGUGCCACCCUGGCCAAGAGCCUGGUGAAGACAGCCACUGGCUGCCGGACACAGCUGUCCAGUGUGGUCAGCGCUGUGGUGGUGCUGCUGGUACUCCUGGUGCUGGCUCCGCUGUUCCGAGACCUGCAGCGGAGCGUGCUGGCCUGCAUCAUCGUGGUCAGCCUCAGGGGAGCCCUGCGCAAGGUGAAGGACCUCCCAGGGCUGUGGCGGCUGAGCCCGGCUGAUGCCCUGGUCUGGGUUGCCACCGCGGCCACCUGCAUCGUGGUCAGUACCGAGGCCGGGCUGCUGGCUGGGCUGCUCCUCUCGCUGCUCAGCCUAGUAGGCCGCACACAGCGCCCACGGGCUACCCUUCUUGCCCGCAUUGGAGACUCAGCUUUCUAUGAGGAUGCCACAGAGUUUGUGGGCCUCCUGCCUCCACCUGGAGUGCAGGUGUUUCGCUUUGCUGGGCCACUGUACUACGCCAACAAAGACUUCUUCCUGCAAUCACUCUAUAGACUCACAGGGCUGGAUGCAGGGCGUCUGGCCACCAAGAAGAAGCAGAGCCUACAGGUGGGUGUCAGUGAGAGAGGCUCCACUGAUGGCAAAAACCUGGGUCCGACGAGCAGCGAGGCCAGGCUGAUGCCCCUAGAAGUCAGUUUCCACACAGUGGUCCUUGACUGUGCCCCUCUGCUGUUCUUGGAUGUGGCUGGCAUGGCCACGCUGCAGGAUCUGCGCAGAGAUUACAGAACUCUAGGCGUGGCCUUGCUCCUGGCCUGCUGCAGCCCCUCUGUGAGGGACACCUUGAGAAGGGGAGGCUUUCUCGGGGAGGAUCAGGCAACUGAGGACGAGCAGCUCUUCCCCAGUGUGCACAGUGCCGUGGAGGCUGCUCGCGCUGGCCACAGGGAGCAGAGGGUUGCCGAUUCCACCCUCUAGCAGAGCCAGUCCUGCUCAUAAGUCUCUCUUCCCUUCUGGAAGCUGAGGCUGAUGUUGGCAAGUCAUCACUGCCCUCCUUCCCCAAGCGCAAUGCAAAGUCUAGCGGUGCUUGCGAGAUGCAACGUUGGGCCAUCUCUUCUCUGGAGAACACCCAAGAACCCCAGAUGCUCAAUGGUUGAGCACCUGCUGUCCUGGUGCGCACUCAGCCCUGGUGCUGGUACCACAAGGCUCCUCGGCCGGCAUGCUCAGAAGAGCCAUGUCUGCUUUGA